AUGAACAACCCAGGCAAGCGCUCGGACGAUUAUGACGAUGACUUCACGACUGUACGCCUCAGUCGCCAGCAAGGAUGGAGAUCUCGGACCUCCGUGAAGCUGAUUUGCUUGCUGUCUGCUCUCCUGGCCAUUCGGGCGUUUUGCUGGUCGGGCCUGAAGAAUUUCGUUAUAUCCCACGCCGAUGCAUUUCCCGAGCAAUUGACAGACCCUAUUUUCGACUGGGAUUCGAUCACGCCUUCCGUCGACAUCGAAUGGAAGCCGUGUUUCACUGACUUUCAGUGUGCGCGGUUGAUUCUCCCUCUUGACUAUCUCUCCCCGUCUGGUGUCGGACCGAAUGUGACCAUCGCGCUCCAAAUGCUUCCUGCAGCAGACAAAGGGAAUGCCAAAGGGACCAUAUUUAUUAACCCUGGCGGACCCGGGGGCUCAGGAACUGGGUUCGUGUUAGCUGCUGGGAAGAACAUGUCCCAAGUCGUUGGCAGGUCGUUCAAUAUUUUGGGUUUCGACCCGCGUGGCACAGGCGCCAGCACGCCGUCUGCUCAAUGCUUCGUCUCGGACUCACAGUAUAAGGCCUGGAAACUGCAAGCGGGCGAUAGAGUCCUCAACUUGACCGAUGGGUCCGUUGGUUUAGCGCUUGCGCGUGAAAGGGCGGUUGGAGCUAUGUGCAAAACGAUCUUGGCAGGAAACGGAAAGGAGGAUCCCGAUGGGACCGUGGAUGAAUGGGGUGCGGGUAGAUUUAUGAACACAGAAAGUGUUGCGACGGACAUGCUCCGAAUCACUGAGAAACUCGGUGAGGACCGCUUGAAAUACUGGGGAUUCAGCUACGGCUCAGUCCUUGGCCAGUAUUUCGCCGCAAUGUAUCCAGAUAAGGUUGGGCGGCUGAUCAUUGACGGGGUCUACGACGGAUACAACUAUCGCAAUACAUCAUGGAACUCGAAUCUAGCGGACGCGGACGCCGUUUGGGAGUCGUUUUUCACCUUCUGCAACCGGGCUGGACCAGAGAAGUGUAGCUUGUACAUGCCCAGCGUAGCGGAGGUCAAGGAUCGAGUUCUCGCCAUUAUGGAUCAUGUCGGCGAAGAACCUUUCCCCGUACCUUUUGCAGGGAGUGGUCCGCUCAUCGUGACGAGGAAAGCACUCCAUAACUUUGCCUUCCAGGCCCUCUACCGUCCAAUCCGUCAAUUCUCUUCUUUCGCCGAUGCCCUGUUAGCUGUAGAGCGAUCUAACCAAACCAUCUUAGCGGAGCUUUCGAAAGAACUUGGCGGAGGCUACGAAUGUAACUGCGAACGAGAGCUCCCGUGGCUUGUGAAGACAGAAGCAACUUCUGCCAUCAUGUGCGGAGACGGAGAGCCCAUAACGCACUCUCCAAAAGAGUUCCAGGAGUGGUUUUCCGGCUUGUCUGCAUCGUCCCAGUUUGCGUCGCCGAUCUGGGGCCUACAAUAUCUGCGGUGCGCAGGGUGGCAAAUUCGACCAAAGUGGCGAUACACGGGCCCGCUCGCGGCUGAGAACACGUCUCAUCCGAUCCUGGUUGUCUCCCCCAUGUACGACCCUGUAUGUCCGUUGAGCGAUGCCCGUGCAGUGCGUGCUCGAUACGGCGGCGCGGGAUUGCUGAUACAAAAUUCGUUCGGGCACUGCUCCCGGUCGGCGCCGUCACUGUGUACGGCAAAGUACGUGAGAGAGUACUUUGUGAAUGGGACGCUUCCAGAGGAAGAGACUGUUUGCGAGGUGGACGAACUGCCCUUCGUGGGCCCGGCUGCUGAAGGCUGGGAGAAGCUUAGUAGAUAUUCCGACGAGGACAGGAGUUUAAUGGAGGCUCUGCGAGGAUUGGCUGUGUCUGUGCCAAUUUCUGGAUUCAUUUGA